AUGGAAGCUAUGGUAACGGAAGUGAAGGUGGUGAUGGUAGUGGCUAUGGAAGUGGGCAAGGAGGAGGAAGCGGAGAAGGUUACGCUGGAGGGGGAAAUGGAGGAGGAGGAGGAGGAGGCUGUGGAAGUGGAGAAGGAAAUGGAGGAGGUUACGGCGCCGGAGGUGGAGGAGGAGAAGGAGAAGGUUGUGGAAGCGGAGGUGGGUAUGCCGGAGGAGGAGAAGGUUGUGGAAAGGGAGAAGGAAGUGGAGGAGGUUACGCCGGAGGUGGAGGAGGAGGAGGAGGAGGAGAAGGUUGUGGAAGCGGAGGCGCGUAUGCCGGAGGAGGAGAAGGUUGUGGAAAGGGAGAAGGAAGUGGAGGAGGUUACGCCGGAGGUGGAGGAGGAGAAGGAGAAGGUUGUGGAAGCGGAGGCGGGUAUGCCGGAGGAGGAGAAGGUUGUGGAAAGGGAGAAGGAAGUGGAGGAGGUUACGCCGGAGGUGGAGGAGGAGAAGGGAAAGGUUGUGGAAGCGGAGGCGGGUAUGCCGGAGGAGGAGAAGGUUGUGGAAAGGGAGAAGGAAGUGGAGGAGGUUACGCCGGAGGUGGAGGAGGAGAAGGGAAAGGUUGUGGAAGCGGAGGCGGGUAUGCCGGAGGAGAAGGUUGUGGAAACGGAGAAGGAAGUGGAGGAGGUUACACCGGAGGUGGAGGAGGAGAAGGAUCAAGCUGUGGAAGUGGAGGAGGCUACGCCGGAGGGGGAGAAGGCUGUGGAAGCGGAGGAGGAAGUGGAGGAGGUUACACCGGAGGGGGCGGAGGAGAAGGAAGUGGAGGAGGUUACGCGGGAGGGAAUGGAGGAGAAGGAGGAGGUUGUGAUGGAAGCGGAGGGGGCUAUGGCGGAGGAUGUGGAAGUGGAGGAGGUUAUGAAGGAGGAGGGGAUGAAGGAGGAAAAGGUUGUGGUAGUGGUUGUGAAGGAGGUUACGCCGGAGGAGCAGGUUGUGACUGCGGAGGAGGAAAUGGAGGAGGUUACGCAGGAGGUGGCGAUGAAGGAGGAAAUGGAGGAGGUUACGAGGGAGGAGGAGAUGGAAGCUAUGGAGGUGAGCCUAGUGGUGGUGACAAUGGCGGAUGUGGUGACAAUGGGGACAAUGGAGGUAGCGGGGGCUUAAGUAUAGGUAUAAGUAUCGGCGGGAUAGGCUCCAGCGGCGGAAACGGUGGAAGCAACUGCACCAGUGGCAGCGGCGCCGUUGAGACAGGUGUGAACCAUGGUAACAAAUAUGCGAGUGCCAGCGGUGGCGGGGACAAUAAUGUUACUG